AUGUCCUACAGCCAAGUCCCCGCCGAGAACCACCACCAAGCAGACGACGACGACCUCGAUGCUUUAUCCUUCUCCCAUCCCAACCCCUCCGGCCCUUCCCAGGCAGCAUCAUCCUUUACCCCCCAACCACCGCCCCUCCAGAGCAGUCCGCAUCCGUCGGGCGUGUCUGGCAAGAUCGGGCAGAGCGGCACUGGAGGAAGAGCGGGACAGACGUCGACUGGAUGGGGAGGCGUGAGGACCGAGACGAGGUUCACCGGAGAGUCUACGUUGGACGAGCCUGUUUCCGAGACCAUCAUGCGUGAUCUGAGGUCCAUCUAUGCUAAGCUCAUACUCAUCCUGUACCCGCCAAAAGGAGGCAACCACCAGCUCUUGCGAGAUUGGGAUCUGUGGGGACCUUUGGUCAUUUGCCUGUCGCUCGCCAUCAUCCUCUCGAUGGACGCUCCGGGAGAAGAGUCGAUGCAGGUAUUCAGCUUGGUGAUCACACUCAUCACUGUGGGGUCUGUGGUGGUCACCGUCAAUUCCAAGCUUCUGGGUGGUAAAGUAUCAUUCUUCCAGAGUCUGUGUGUCUUGGGCUAUGCUUUGGCACCAAUCUUGAUCGCCUCUAUCGUCGCCUUUUUCGUGCACAACAUCUUUGUCCGGCUGCCAGUCACGCUGGCAUGUUGGGCGUGGUCCGUAUGGGCUUCAAUGAACUUUUUCAACGGCACCCAGCUCCCAGAGAGCCGCCUCUUCCUCGCCGUCUAUCCCAUGUGCUUGUUCUUCUUUGUCAUUUCGUGGAUGAUCAUCAUCCAAUAA